AUGUACUGCGACCCUUGCGAAUCGGCACUAGGCAAGGGUCAGAAGGCCGAGGUUCGGCAGGUCAGAAUGCGUCCACCGGUGUUUGCGAGAGGAACGACAGACGCGGACGGGGCCAGGGGGGUUAUGACGGAGGCGGAUGACGCGGGUUGGGCCAGGGAGGUUAUGAUUGCGGGGGCGGCGGUGAUUGCGGUUGUCGGUGUGGUCGUCGGUGCGGUUGUUACGGGAGGUUGUUGCGGGAGUUCUUGGGGGCCUGUGGACAAAGGCCUUCGGAUAAAUGACCAUGCUCCGGGCCACAUCAAUUUAGAAACCAAUCCUUUAUAG